AUUUGAGAUAUAAUCAUGUGGAAAGAAUACAGUAAGAAGAGACGGGAAUACGUGUGGUCAUAUCUCCAUUUUGUGUUUCUCCUGUCAUUCUGUGAAAGGACUUUACAAAUUCGAUACUCUGUUCAGGAGGAAUUACCGCUCGGUACCGUAGUCAGAAAUAUAGCUAAAGACAUGGGACUGGAUACAAGCGUGUUGGUGGAUCGGAAUCUGCGCAUUGUGACGGGAACAAAGCAGGAUCUUUUCCAGGUAAACCAGAGAGACGGCGCUUUGUUCGUGAACCAGAGGAUAGACAGAGAGGACCUGUGCGGUAAAACGUCUCCAUGUCUGAUUAAUCUUAAAGCGGUGAUAGAAAAUCCGCUAGAAGUACAUCAUAUUACUGUAGAAAUUUUAGACAUAAACGACCAUUCCCCGAGUUUCCCCGAUAAAGCUUAUCGUUUGGAAAUUCCGGAAUCGACGAAGGUUGGUGCAAAAUUCGAGCUAGAAGGAGCUCACGACCCAGACAAUGGUUUGAAUGCACUGCAUUCCUACAAACUGAGUCAGAACGAACACUUUAAGUUGGAAAUUGAUGAAUUAACAGAAGACAACAAAAUUCCGCUCAUACUGCUCAGUAAACCUUUAGACCGGGAACUGAUGUCAUCAUAUAAUAUACAACUAAUAGCCAUGGACGGCGGCAGUCCGAGUAGGUCUGGUUGUUUAAAUGUGACGGUCAUUGUUUUGGAUGCUAAUGACAAUGCACCUUUGUGUGGACAGCAGAAAUACACAGUUAGUGUACCAGAGAAUAUACCAAUAGGUACGGUUCUUAUACAAGUUAAUGCGUCUGAUGCAGAUGAAGGCAUGAAUGGCGAAGUCGAAUACUCAUUUCGCAGUAAUUUCAGGACUAAAGCUUCUGAAGUCUUCGAUUUGGACGUAAAAUCAGGGAUAAUUGUUGUAAAGGGUUUGAUUGAUUUUGAAGCAAAACAGGUUUACGAGAUAAACAUUCAAGUGUCUGAUAAGGGAACACUUCCGAUGACUUCUUAUUGCAAAGUGUUUGUCAAAGUGGAGGAUAUGAAUGAUAACACGCCGGAGAUACAUAUAACAUCUCAGUCCAAUCAGAUUCCUGAGAACGCGCCUGUAGGUACCGUGGUGGCGCUGAUCGGAGUAACCGACCUGGAUUCAGGUGUGAAUGGACAGGUAGUUUGUACACUGGCAAAGGACAUGCCGUUUGACCUGAAACAUUCAAGUGAGGACAAUUUCUAUUCAUUAGUAACAAAGAGCCGUUUAGACAGAGAGUUGGUACCACAGUACGAAAUAAUUAUAACUGCGAGGGACCUGGGAUCCCCUUCGUUAUCCUCCAUUAAGACAGUCCGCGUGGAAUUAUCAGACGUUAACGACAACAGUCCGGUAUUCUCACAGAGUCCCUACACCUUCUAUAUAAUGGAAAAUAACGACCCUGGUGCAUCUAUAUUCAAAAUUAGUGCCUCUGAUGCAGAUGAGAGUGAAAAUGCCCGAAUUUCCUAUUCAUUUGGGAACUUAAUUCCAAGUCAAAGUGUAACAUCUUUCUUAAACAUUAACUCUGAUAGUGGUGAUAUUUAUGCAUUGAAAAGCUUUGACUUUGAAACAAUGAAAACCUUCCAGUUCCUAAUAGUAGCUAAAGACUCCGGAACCCCGUCACUAAGCAGCAACGUCCCAGUGAAUGUGUUCAUCCUGGAUCAGAACGACAAUGCGCCGCUCAUCCUGUACGUUAACGACAACAGUCCGGUAUUCUCACAGAGUCCAUACACCUUCUAUUUAAUGGAAAAUAACGACCCAGGUGCAUCUAUAUUCAAAAUUAGUGCCUCUGAUGCAGAUGAGAGUGAAAAUGCCCGAAUUUCCUAUUCAUUUGGGAACUUAAUUCCAAGUCAAAGUGUAACAUCUUUCUUAAACAUUAACUCUGAUAGUGGUGAUAUUUAUGCAUUGAAAAGCUUUGACUUUGAAACAAUGAAAACCUUCCAGUUCCAAGUAGUAGCUAAAGACUCCGGAAUCCCGUCGCUGAGCUACAACGUCACGGUGAAUGUGUUCAUCCUGGAUCAGAACGACAACGCUCCGCUCAUCCUGUCUCCUGUGAGUACUAAUGGCUCCACGGAGGGUGUAGUAGAGCUUUCCCGCAAUGCAAACGCAGGUCAUUUGGUGACUAAAGUAAGAGCCUAUGACCCCGACAUUGGAUACAAUGGCUGGUUGUCAUUCUCUCUGCAGCAAGUUACGGACCCCAGUCUCUUUUGUUUGGAGCGCUACACAGGAGAGAUCAGGACACUUCGGCCAUUCACAGAAACUGACAAGGUCACGCAUAAACUGGUUGUUCUGGUAAAAGACAACGGAAACAUCUCAUUGUCAGCUACGGCAACCGUGGUUAUAAAUGCAAUGGAGACCAAAGAGGCGUUUGCAUCUUCUGAUGUUACACGCUCAGUAAAGAAGGAAGAGGAGAACAACAUCACCUUGUAUCUGAUGAUCUCGCUGGGGUCGGUUUCAGCGCUUUUUGUAUUCAGUAUAAUCGGUCUGAUAGUCAUGCAGUGCUCUAAACCUCCAGACUAUUCCUCCAAGUACUCACGUGAUUCCAACUGCAUAGACACAAGCGGGAAC